UGAAUGUUGUUUAUUUUGACAAACGCAGAUCAAAGAUUGUAUUUACUAAUUGUGUUUUGGUAUUUUAAUUUUUGUUUAAAUUAUAUAUUUUAAAAAAUGUUGGGAAUGAAAUUCUCCACACCUCAAGACUUGAAGGAGAUGGCGAAAAUCGAGAAAAAACGAAAAAUGGAAGAGGAAAGGAAGGCAAGAAUAUUCAACCCUAGAAACAGAUUGAUUGGUGUGGAUGUUUCGGCUUUGGAGAAUCAAAUUGCAGAGAAAAAGACAAAUGAGGAAAUGGAAAGAGCUAGAGAAGAGGCAUUCAGAUUAAAACAAGAGAGAGAUACUAUGAUUGCAACACAACUAGCAAGGCAAAUAGAAGAGAAAAAGCACAAUCUAAACAAAGAGUUGAACGAAUUUAGAAAACACUAUCAGCGAAAAGAGGACAGGAUAGAGUUCGAUUUAUACGACCCAGAUUUGCUCAAGAAAAGUUUACCUUGCAGAGUGAGCGAUGAUGAUCCUCGUCUAAGUGUAUCAGGUGCCCAAAAUUUCAUAUACGGUAAUAACUCAAAUCGGUUAGGCCUACUUCUUUUCAAAUUGAUUUCGAAUGCCAACGAACUGUUCCUCAACAAAUCCAAGACCACAACAGCCACUUUUAGGCUCAAAAAUGGAUCAGCAACAAAUGAUAGGCCUACUGGUAAGGAGCAGAAUUUCCUAGGAAUAGCUGCAGAACAAGAGACACAGAAACGCAUGCGCGAACUUCGUGACAUGGAGAACGAGCAAUGUGAGAUGUACAACGCGGUGACAGGAGACCUGCUGAGCGAGUGUUGCAGCACUCAGAGCAACCUGGGCCCCAACCGCACCCUCGUCACCGCCUUCAAGGGGAUGUCGCAGCAGAUGAGGGACCAGAUCAGAGCCGAACAGUUGAAGCAGAUUGAGGAGAGGAAGGCAAGACGUGAAGAGGAGGAGAAAAUUGAAAAAGCAUGGGCUGAGCAGAUGCUGAAUGCCUCACAGGUUGUCUCACAACGUACCACCGAGAUGAUGAUGAAACAAAGGGAACUCAAUCGUCAAAUGCUUGAAUUGAAUAAGAAGUUGAGUCAGGAGCAGCGAAUGAAGAAAGAGUACUCAGAUAAAGUCAUCUACACUAACAGACCCACUGAAGAGUAUUUCAAUCAGUUCAAUACUUGUACCAGAUAAACGAAAGAAAAAGGAAAAAUAAUUCUGAUAAAUGCACGCUCUAAACAGGAAUCUCAUGAAAAAAUAAGAAAAUUAAGCACUAAUAUACUUUUAAUACUUGUACAAGAUAAACGAAAGAAAAAUGAAAAAAAAAAAACAUAUUCUAAUACAUUAUGCAUGCUUUAAACAGGAAUUUCAUGAAAGAAUAAGAAAAUGAAGCACUAAUAUACUUUUAUGAAAAAAUGUAUUUUACAGUAAUCAAUUCUAAAAUGUAAGUUUCACUAGAAAUACUCAAGUACGACAGGUAUAUUUUUCACAUUGGAAUCACCACCAAUAACUGAAUGUGUUUUCACUUUUCCAUGCUGUUGUGAUUUGAAAUUGAAGUAGAAGAGUAUAAAAAUAUUAAGGUGUGUUUGGGAA